UGGCGGCCGGGUGGGAGGUGUGUGCGCGUGUGCCGCGCCGUAGGGAGCGGCGGGUCGCGCCGCCGGCUGUCAGCUAGCUCCGCGCCGCCGCCCGAUGGCGCGAGGAGGCGCGCGGGCCCAGCCCCGGGAGGCCGGCCGCGGGUGAGCCCCCCGGCCUGCCGCCCGCGAGCAUGUCACCUCCAGCCGCCGCCGCAGCCGCCGCCAGCCGCGCCCCCGCCUCCCGCAGCCGCAGCCGCUGCCUCGGGCAUUGGCCCCCAGACCCCCGCCUCUGAUCCACGCCCAGACCCUAGCGCCGGAGGGCCAUGGCCGGCCAGGGGGACUGCUGCGUCAAGGUGGCCGUCAGGAUCCGGCCCCAGCUGUCAAAGGAGAAGAUUGAGGGCUGUCACAUCUGCACCUCCGUUACCCCGGGAGAGCCCCAGGUCCUGCUGGGGAAGGACAAGGCCUUCACCUAUGACUUUGUCUUCGACCUGGACACCUGGCAAGAACAGAUCUAUUCCACCUGUGUGAGCAAGCUCAUCGAGGGCUGCUUCGAGGGCUAUAAUGCCACAGUGCUGGCCUACGGGCAGACGGGGGCUGGGAAGACGUACACCAUGGGUACUGGCUUCGACAUGGCAACGACAGAGGAGGAGCAGGGCAUCAUCCCGAGGGCCAUCGCACACCUCUUUGGGGGCAUUGCGGAGCGCAAGCGUCGGGCACAGGAGCAGGGUGUGGCUGGACCUGAGUUCAAAGUCAGCGCCCAGUUUCUGGAGCUCUACAACGAGGAGAUCCUUGACCUGUUUGACAGCACCCGUGACCCUGACGCCCGCCACCGCAGGUCCAACAUCAAGAUCCAUGAGGACGCGAACGGUGGCAUCUAUACCACCGGCGUCACCUCUCGCCUCAUCCACUCUCAGGAGGAGCUGAUCCAGUGCCUGAAGCAGGGGGCCCUGUCGCGCACCACAGCUAGCACCCAGAUGAACGUACAGAGCUCGCGCUCCCAUGCCAUCUUCACCAUCCACCUGUGCCAGAUGCGCGUGUGCACCCAGCCCGACCUGGUGAAUGAGGCGGUGACCGGGCUUCCUGAUGGUACCCCUCCCUCCAGUGAGUAUGAGACACUCACCGCUAAGUUUCACUUUGUGGACCUGGCCGGCUCAGAGCGGCUGAAGCGGACAGGGGCCACCGGCGAGCGGGCCAAGGAGGGCAUCUCCAUCAACUGUGGCCUGCUGGCCUUGGGCAAUGUGAUCAGCGCCUUAGGGGACCAGAGCAAGAAGGUGGUGCACGUUCCCUACAGGGACUCCAAGCUCACUCGGCUCCUCCAGGACUCGCUGGGGGGCAACAGCCAGACCAUCAUGAUCGCCUGUGUGAGCCCCUCAGACCGAGACUUCAUGGAGACCCUCAACACACUCAAAUAUGCCAAUCGGGCCCGCAACAUCAAGAACAAGGUGGUAGUGAACCAGGACAAGACCAGCCAGCAGAUCAGUGCACUGCGGGCUGAGAUUGCCCGGCUGCAGAUGGAGCUGAUGGAGUACAAGGCGGGCAAGCGAGUGAUCGGGGAGGAUGGUGCCGAAGGCUAUAGUGACCUGUUCCGGGAGAAUGCCAUGCUGCAGAAGGAGAAUGCGGCUCUGCGGCUCCGGGUGAAAGCCAUGCAGGAGGCCAUUGACGCCAUCAACAACCGCGUCACCCAGCUCAUGAGCCAGGAGGCCAACCUGUUGCUGGCCAAGGCCGGCGACGGCAACGAGGCCAUCGGUGCACUCAUCCAGAACUACAUCCGGGAGAUCGAGGAGCUGCGGACGAAGCUCCUGGAGAGUGAAGCCAUGAACGAGUCGCUGCGCCGCAGCCUCUCACGGGCCUCGGCUAGGAGCCCGUACUCCCUGGGUGCUUCUCCGGCCGCCCCGACUCUUGGGGGCAGCCCGGCCAGCUCCAUGGAGGAUGCCUCGGAGGUGAUCCGCAGGGCCAAGCAGGACCUGGAGCGGCUAAAGAAGAAGGAGGUCAGGCAGCGGAGGAAGAGCCCUGAGAAGGAAGCCUUCAAGAAGAGGGCAAAACUCCAUCAGGACAACAGUGAGGAGACGGAUGAGAACGAGGCGGAGGAGGAGGAGGAAGAGCGAGACGAGAGUGGCUGUGAGGAGGAGGAAGGGCGCGAGGAUGAAGAUGAGGACUCGGGCAGUGACGAGAGCCUGGUGGACUCGGACUCAGACCCCGAGGAGAAGGAGGUGAACUUCCAGGCGGACCUGGCCGACCUGACGUGCGAGAUCGAGAUCAAGCAGAAGCUCAUCGACGAGCUGGAGAACAGCCAGCGACGGCUACAGACGCUCAAGCACCAGUAUGAGGAAAAGCUGAUUCUGCUGCAGAACAAGAUCCGGGACACGCAGCUGGAGCGAGACCGCGUGCUGCAGAACCUCAGCACCAUGGAGUGCUACACGGAGGAGAAGGCCAACAAGAUCAAGGCAGACUACGAGAAGAGGCUGCGGGAGAUGAACCGGGACCUGCAGAAGCUGCAGGCCGCCCAGAAGGAGCACGCCCGGCUGCUCAAGAACCAGUCACGCUACGAGAGGGAGCUGAAGAAGCUACAGGCCGAGGUGGCUGAGAUGAAGAAGGCCAAGGUGGCCCUGAUGAAGCAGAUGCGUGAGGAGCAGCAGCGGCGGCGGCUGGUGGAGACCAAGAGGAACCGGGAGAUCGCGCAGCUCAAGAAGGAGCAGCGGCGACAGGAGUUUCAGAUCCGAGCUCUGGAGUCCCAGAAGCGGCAGCAGGAGAUGGUCCUAAGGAGGAAGACCCAGGAGGUUUCUGCACUGAGGCGCCUGGCCAAGCCCAUGUCUGAGCGGGUGGCAGGGCGUGCAGGACUGAAGCCGCCCAUGUUGGACUCUGGGGCUGAGGUGUCAGCCAGCACCACCUCAUCGGAGGCUGAAUCAGGGGCCCGCUCUGUCUCCAGCAUCGUGCGCCAGUGGAACCGCAAAAUCAACCACUUCUUGGGGGACCACCCUGCGCCUAGUGUCAAUGGCACCCGUCCUGCCCGAAAGAAGUUCCAGAAGAAGGGGGCCAGCCAGAGCUUCAGUAAGGCCGCAAGGCUCAAGUGGCAGUCCCUAGAGCGGCGGAUCAUUGACAUCGUCAUGCAGAGAAUGACCAUUGUCAACCUGGAGGCCGACAUGGAGCGGCUCAUCAAGAAAAGGGAGGAGCUGUUCCUCCUGCAGGAGGCGCUGCGGAGGAAGCGGGAGCGGCUGCAGGCUGAGAGCCCGGAGGAGGAGAAGGGGCUGCAGGAGCUGGCCGAGGAGAUCGAGGUGCUGGCAGCCAACAUCGACUACAUCAACGACAGCAUCACCGACUGCCAGGCCACCAUCGUGCAGCUGGAGGAGACCAAGGAGGAGCUGGACUCCACAGACACAUCCGUGGUCAUCAGCUCCUGCUCCCUGGCCGAAGCCCGCCUCCUGCUAGACAACUUCCUCAAGGCAUCCAUUGACAAGGGGCUACAAGUGGCACAGAAGGAAGCCCAGAUCCGGCUGCUGGAGGGCCGACUGAGGCAGACAGACAUGGCGGGGUCCUCCCAGAACCAUCUGCUCCUGGAUGCCCUGCGUGAGAAGGCCGAGGCACACCCCGAGCUGCAGGCCCUCAUCUACAACGUGCAGCAGGAAAACGGCUAUGCCAGCACAGAUGAGGAGAUCUCAGAGUUCUCUGAGGGGAGCUUCUCCCAGUCAUUCACCAUGAAGGGCUCCACCAGCCAUGAUGAUUUCAAGUUCAAGAGCGAGCCCAAGCUGUCUGCCCAAAUGAAAGCUGUGUCGGCCGAGUGCCUGGGGCCCCCACUGGAUAUCUCCACCAAGAACAUCACCAAGUCCCUGGCCUCCCUUGUUGAGAUCAAGGAGGACAGCGUGGGCUUCUCCGUCCGAGACCCCUAUUACCGGGACAAGGUCUCUCGCACUGUCAGCCUGCCUACCCGGGGCAGCACUUUCCCCAGGCAGUCUCGAGGCACAGAGACGUCCCCACUGACGAGAAGGAAGUCCUACGACCGAGGGCAGCCCAUUAGGUCCACAGAUGUGGGAUUCACACCCCCGUCGUCCCCUCCCACUCGGCCCCGCAACGACCGCAAUGUCUUCUCUCGUCUCACCAGUAAUCAGAGCCAGGGGUCAGCGCUGGACAAGUCUGAUGACAGCGACUCCUCUUUGUCGGAGGUCCUGAGGGGCAUCAUCUCCCCGGUUGGAGGAGCCAAGGGUGCACGGACGGCCCCGCUGCAGUGCGUCUCCAUGGCUGAAGGCCACACCAAGCCCAUCCUCUGCCUGGAUGCUACAGAUGAGUUGCUGUUCACAGGGUCCAAAGACCGAAGCUGCAAGAUGUGGAACUUGGUUACGGGGCAGGAGAUCGCGGCUCUAAAGGGCCACCCCAACAACGUGGUCUCCAUCAAGUACUGCAGCCACUCAGGGCUUGUGUUCUCCGUGUCCACCUCCUACAUCAAGGUGUGGGACAUCCGGGACUCGGCCAAGUGCAUCCGUACCCUCACGUCUUCGGGCCAGGUGAUCUCAGGGGAUGCCUGUGCCUCCACGUCCACCCGUGCCAUCACCAGCGCCCAGGGGGAGCAUCAGAUCAACCAGAUCGCCCUCAGCCCUUCAGGCACCAUGCUGUACGCCGCCUCGGGCAACGCCGUUCGCAUCUGGGAGCUUAGCAGGUUCCAGCCUGUUGGCAAGCUGACUGGCCACAUCGGCCCUGUGAUGUGCCUGACGGUCACCCAGACGGCCAGCCAGCAUGACCUCGUCGUGACUGGCUCCAAGGACCACUACGUUAAGCUGUUCGAGCUGGGCGAGUGUGUGACGGGCACCAUCAGCCCCACUCACAACUUUGAGCCCCCGCACUACGACGGCAUCGAGUGUCUGGCCAUCCAGGGAGACAUCCUGUUCAGCGGCUCCCGAGAUAACGGCAUCAAGAAGUGGGACCUGGACCAGCAGGAGCUCAUCCAGCAAAUCCCCAACGCGCACAAGGACUGGGUGUGUGCCCUGGCCUUCGUCCCAGGCCGCCCCAUGCUGCUGAGUGCCUGCCGUGCAGGCGUCAUCAAGGUCUGGAACGUGGACAACUUCACGCCCAUCGGCGAGAUCAAGGGCCACGACAGCCCCAUCAAUGCCAUCUGCACCAAUGCCAAGCACAUCUUCACAGCCUCCAGUGACCUGACGGUGAAGCUCUGGAGUGUCCGGCGGUUACCCCACAGCAUCCCACCCUAGGAGUGAGGUCAGAGGGAUGCCCCUGGACCCUCGACCCCAGCAGCCUGGACAGCAAUGGAAGGGAAGCUGUGACCUGGCCGAUGGGGCCGGCUGCCCGGGGGACAGAGGGCGUGGCCCCCACUCCUGCCCUCCUCCCUCUCCCUUGGCCUUCCUACAGGACACUGUUCCCUCCGUCCCUCCCCUGCUUCUCAGGAGCCUCUGGGUGAGAGAGAGGCUGGGGAGGAAAUUAAGCUGUGAAGCCAAAGGGCAUUAUCUCUCCUUGUUCCUCUCCCUGCAAUCCUGGCCACGUUGUCUCCUGCUGAACCGGCUCUGCCCCCUUUCCAGGCCUUUGGCCCAGAGGUGGGGCCCGGUGGGGAGGCGCCGCAGCCGCCCCGAUCCCGCGCUCCGAGGAGCUGGCCUCCCGGCACCUCCCAGCCCAGCCUCUAGAGUCCCUGCACCUGCCUCUGAGCCCAAAAAGAUAGUCCUCAGGUGGCUAAGGCAGCCAGGUGUGGACGCCUGGGCCUUGCAGCUAACCCUUAGCCUCUGCCACCCGCAGAGGGUCCCAGCUGGCCCAGCAGUGCCCAACAUCCCUUCAGAGGGGGCCGAGGGGGAGCUGCUAGAAAGAUUCCUUUGGGGAGAUGGUCAGAAAUACUUCAGUUAUUUAUUAUUUUUUUAUUUUUAUUUUUUGCUGUUGCCUCCUGGAAACUGACUUGAAGUUUCUUCCCACAUAUUCUCUCCCUCAGCUCUUGGGGGCCAGAAAUCCCGAAGGGAGUCCGCUGCCCCGGCCCUCCAGGGCCGCCGCCUCCGCUUUGUGGAGGAGGGAACGGUUCCUUCGACUCUGCAGCCCCCAACACAGCCCCCAGGGAGCCUUCUAGCUUACCCUCGGCCUCUAGGCCGCCUGACGCUCAGUGCCUUCCUCCGUCCCGGGGCCUGGCACCCGUACUGGGCAGCCUUACACCAGCCAUGCCUGCGGCACCACAUGUGUCUUCUCACUUUGAACAUCUCGUGCCCAGCGCCCCCCAGCAAGGCGGGGGCGCUCACCCCACAGUCCAGGCCCCAGGGUUCUGCCCCAGAGUCCUGCGUGGGCCAUGUAGGAAGCAGCAUGGGGGCUGUCUGCUGGGAGGUGGCUCAGAUGGGGAGGAUGGCCCAGCACUCUGAUCCCUGUUCCUCCCCAGCCCUUCAUUCCCCCGCUGGUCCAGGCACAUGUGCUGGGGCACUGCGCUAGGCAGGGGAGGAGGAAGUCUCUGCAGCUUCUCUCUCUCUGGUUAUUCAGGAGACACAUUUUCAGCCUUAAAAAUGGCAUGGAGCGCAGGCCCUGCCUUGCAGGAGAUGAUCGAGGAAGAGGGAGUCGGCAGAGUUUCUCUGCCCCAGGGCUGGGAAAGCUGAGCUCCAGGGAGGUUGCUAAAUCAGUGUCCGGGCACCCCCUGUUGGGGAAACUCUGGAAUUACAGGAGCGGGCCUUGGGAGGGACUAAGCUCCAUCCCUCUCCCCCGCCCCACCCCCACCCAAAGCCUCCCACCCUGUUUUUCCGUUGCUUCGCUGGUCUUGUGCUUCCAGGCUUCGGUCUGGGAGCCAGGAGCCAGCCCCCACUCCCUUCAGAGGCCGCAGUGAUGUUUGGACUCUCCAGAGGUGGCUCCUCUCCGUCUUGGGCCAGGGUACCUGGAGCCUUCUCUUGUGUCGUGCCCAGUGUUGUGGGGAGGCAGGCCCCAGUGGAAGCAGUGUGAGGCCUGGUCGCUUCCCCGUGCUCUCCUCCGAGCUGCCACAGAGGCGAAGAAGCCUGACCUGCUGGGGCUGGCCCUGCUGGAUGUGGUACUGAAGUCUGGGGCAGCUGAUGGCCGGAAGGAGGCGCCCUCGGAGGCUGCUCUCCCGGGACCUGGACAGUCUGUCUGCAAUGACUGGAAAUCCUUCUUCCUCUGGCCACCCCGGAGGUGCUGGGCAACCGCUUUAGCUCCGAGAUGUGGCCACAAAUCUCUUCCCAUUCCUCUCCGUCCCUCCCCACCUGAACAAAAAGUUUUGACCUUGCAACCUGUAAGAAAGAAUCUGUCCGCCUGACUGUUUACAAGCUAUAGAAACACAUAAGACUCUGUCCCCCGAGCUCCCGCAGGGGCCGGGGACGCCCCACCUGGGGUGGCUGCACUGUAGCUGCAAGGCCUGGUCUUUUGGCCCCGCGAGAGGUGCUCAUCAUCACUGCCCGUUUUCUGCUGUUUCCCAUGGGUCAGCUACCUCACAGCGGGGCGGGCUCUGCUGUCCUGGCAAGUGUCAUUGACUCUCUAAACUUGAAGUCCUUCAGGAGCCCUGAGCCCAACAUCCCUGAGACACCCUGAGUUGUGCUCUGUGAGAGUUGGACUCUCUGCCCACUCAGGGAUGUCCAAGGUCCAUAGUUAGGGGGCACGCCCCCAGCUCCACUCACUGCACCAGUGCCCCAAGUGUUGAAGCACAAAACGGUCGUGACUUGAGCACAACGGCAGGGUCCCGCAGGCACACUCGGCCCAGGAGGCUCCUCCCAGCCUGGCUCUGUCCAAAGCGAGGUUGGGGACGGCCAUGUCUGGACAGGGGUCUGUCCUUGCUCAGACCAGGCCUUGGCCCAUGGCUUGUCCUAUGGCUUGUCCUAAUUCUGGGAUUCGUCAUCUUACUUCGUGCCCUUCUGUGCCCAUCUUAAGACUUGAGGCUGAGCCCCGUCAGGCCCAGCCACAUCUUUACGCCGUGGGAGCAGGAGUCAAGUCCUCUCUAAACCCCGCCCCCCAAAGCUCUGCCUGCCUGAGUUCAGGCUGAGCCCUAGCCCUAGGGAGCCUAAAGAGCUUGGACUCAGAUUCCCUGUCUCCUGGGUCGAGCCCCACUCCGUGCUUGUGAAGCUUCUGAGCGGGUUCCCUCUGCCCUCGGGCCUCUUCAGCACGGUCCUGUGCCAGGGCCUCGUCCUCACCAUCAGCCACAUCAGUAUUUGCUUUCCUGUGAGUGACUAACUCCUCUGAGGCAGCCGGAACCCUCAAAGGCAGCGCCUGGAGUUGCCCUGCGAGAUUUCCAAGGAAGGAGGAAAGGCUGAGGGAGGCUGGCACGCCCGAGCCUUUGAGGUGGUCAGACCCUUGGGAAGGGACAGCUGUGGGUCCGGGAGCGGCCUCACCCCAGACUCAGCCUAGGAAACCCUUCACCCUCAGCUGGCCAGCCCUGCUGCCAGUCUGGGGCUGCGUGGCCUGGGCAGAGGGCAGUUUAAAGCACAAAACCACAUGGGGGAAAGGCGAGGUCGCUGGGACUUUCUGCUGUGCCUGAUGUGGUGGAGACAGGCAGGCAGCCAUGGUGAAGUUAGAGAACCUCGCGCUGCUUUGCCCUGCCAGCUCUCCGCAUCCCCAAUGUCCGGGCUGGGAGCGGGCAUAGCCCCUGGUUGUUGCUCGUGCCCGAUCUGUUUGCCAUUGUUGGGGGGGAGCAGAAGCCAUCCUGCAGGAGCAGCGCAUUUUUCCUCCCAGGCUGCCCGGACCUGUGGGGUGUGUGGCUUUGCCAUCCCAAACAGGCAGCUGUGCUGCUCUCCUCCCUUGGCAUAGGCUCCUGGUUGGUGGCCGCUGCCCCGCAGGCCUUCCUGGGCCUGGCCCUCCUCUCCCAACUCCCAGAUCCUUCCCUGCCCUCAUGUGCGAGGACAGAUUGUGCAGGGAAAGUUCUGUUUCUUCUUUGACAUCUUUGUUCUGUCCCCUGCCCCCUCCCCAGCACUCAUGAUCUUGAAGCCCCCACCACACCCUAGUUGAGUCCUGUGAACCAUGUCCUGAGGGCCUUGCAGGGAAGUAGGAAGUAGAAACUGCCCCACAAAGAGCCGAGGGUCAGAGAAGACCCCCGAGAUGAAUCGGGGCCCUGCCCUGCCACCAGCUCUUCCAGUAACCGCGCCCUGCCCAAGCUGCAGGGUUUCAUCCGGCUCCUGCGGUCCCCCGAGAUGUGGCUGGCACAAGGUGUAUAUAUGUUUUGUACCUCUGCCGAUGGCUGUACAUAGUGUAUGAAAGUUAUUUAAGCCUCAUGUUGUACAUUUCUGUUCCUAGAUUGGAUGUGAGUGUUCUAAGUUGUCAUAAAUAAAACCUGAAUGACCAAUGUC